AUUAGAAGUAAUGGGCAUACACAAAGAAAGGUUAGUUUUUCUAAGUUGUUAUUGAAUCUCAAUGGCAGCGUCCAAGAAUAAUGCUGGUUCUGCCUCUUCAAGUUCGAAGUUUGAAGUGUUCUUGAGCUUUCGCGGUAAAGACACUCGUACCAACUUCACCGAUCACCUCUACCAUGCCUUGCUUGAUGCUGGGAUUCACACUUUCAGGGACAACGAAGAACUCCUAAUGGGGAAGAAGCUUGUGCCGGAGCUAAUCGAUGCGAUCGAGCAGUCGAGAAUCUCUAUCCCCAUCUUCUCGGAGAACUAUGCAUCAAGUAAAUGGUGUCUCAAUGAGCUCACUAAGAUCUUUGAGUGCAAAAACACAACGGGUCAGGUGGUUCUGCCUAUUUUCUACAUUAUCGAACCCUCUGCAGUGCGAAACCAGACCGGGAGCUAUUCAGAGGCCUUUGAGAGACACCAGACUUGUUACGACUACACGACUGUGCAGAAGUGGAAGGAGGCCCUGAGAGAGGUUGGAUCAUUGAAGGGAUAGGAUUCCAAGAACACUGCUAACGGG